AUGUACCCUGGUCCCAAGCCUCCGACGCCUCACGUUCCUGGCAUCUACCGCUUCACAGCGACUGCCUUGGGUGCCGGCAUGUGGUUCUUCUUGAUGUACCGCGCGAAGAAGGACGGACCCGUGUUGUUGGGCUGGAAGCAUCCUUGGGAUCACUAA